ACUGCUACAAGAAUGGAUAUCAAUGUUUACUUGCCAGCGUCGUACGACGCUGGCAAGAUUCAUGCCACGCCAGUGUUGAUCUACUUGGCGGGUUUGACCUGUUCCCCAGCCAAUGGGGCGGAAAAGGCCUUCUUCCAACCGUAUGCUGACAAGUACGGAUUUGCAGUGGUGUAUCCAGACACAUCGCCGCGCGGGGCCGGCAUCGACGGCGAGGACGAGAACUGGGACUUUGGAACCGGCGCCGGGUUCUACUGCGACGCCACGACUGAAAAGUACAAGGACCACUAUAGAAUGUAUUCCUACAUCAACGAAGAAUUGCCUGUUUUGUUGGCGGAGAAAUUUGCUGGUUUGGACUUUGAUACGGUUUCGCUCACAGGCCACUCCAUGGGGGGAUACGGCGCCUUGGCAAUCUACUUGAAAAAUGCCGGAAAGUACAAGUCUGUGUCUGCUUUUGCGCCGAUCUCCAACCCGUCCAACUGUCCGUGGGGCGAAAAGUGCUUUGGGGGCUACUUGGGCGACGACAGAGCCGCGUGGUUGGAAUAUGACCCUACCGUAUUGAUCAAGAAGUACGACGGUCCCGUGGCUCCGAUUUUGAUCCAUCAGGGCUUGGCCGAUGCUUUCCACUACAGGGAUAACCAGUUGCAACCGGAGAACUUUUUGAAGGCGUCGGAAGAGAGCAAAUUCAAGGGCAAGGUGAGUGUGAACUUGGUCGAGAAGUUUGACCAUUCAUAUUUCUUUAUUGCCUCCUUUGCGAAGGAGCAUGCCGAACACCACGCAAAGUAUCUUGGUUUGGUAGGGCCAUCUCUUUAAGUUCCGAGGCCUUGUUUGACUGAGAAGCGAGGUCUCUAAGUUUACUAGCGUGCUGAAUUGAUGUGUUACGUCCAGCAUGACUCAGUAUUCAAGAUUUAAUCUAAUUGAAAUUAUUCCUAAUACUUUUUCAUUAGUAACAGUUUACCGUGGUGAUACAUACUGUAGUGGAGCGGGAUCAAC